UGAUAGUAUACAGACAACUAAGGCUCAAUCUUCAUAGAGGGCACCUGGUGCCGUAGCAUGCCGCGAGAGGUUCCCUAGUACUGUAUCAGUCACAAAGAUGACAUUGCGAUGACGAACCGCGAAUGGCCCGUCCCGCAACUAUGGCGCAAUCGACGCUCACCGCCCUACUGCUAGAAACAGCGCAAACAUAGCAGACAAGCUCACAGACUCCACGUCACAAUUCCACGCUUCACUCUACAAAACCCCAGGACGAAACCAGCUGCUGUAGCUGGGGUCAAUCGAUAGCAGCCAUGUGCCGCUUCAUGGUCUACAAAGGCAAAAACGAGAUUCUGCUCUCCGAACUCAUAACGAAUCCGAGCCACUCGAUCCUCACGCAAUCGUUCGACUCGCGGUUGAGACUUGACCGCCGCCGCCCGCACAACGGCGACGGCUUCGGCAUCGGGUACUACACCUCGCCCGCCCUGGGCCCGGAACCAUGCAUCUUCACGUCGACGAUCCCCGCGUGGAACUGCAAGAACCUAUCGCGCCUGGCGUCCAAGACGACGUCUUCCCUAAUCUUCGCCCACGUCCGCGCCACCACCGAAGGCGACCUGAGUGAAUCGAACUGCCACCCCUUCAGCUACAAGCGCCUCAUGUUCAUGCACAAUGGAGGGAUCGGAUGCUGGUCGCGCAUCAAGAUGCGCGUGGCGCUGAGCCUGGGAGAGAAGUGGUUCCUCGGUGUGAAAGGCGGGACGGAUAGCGAGUGGGCGUUUGCGCUGUUUCUGGAUUCGCUGGAUCGGAUGGGGUGUUCGCCGGAUAAGGGGGAGAGCGAAGGGGAGGAGGGGCAGGAGGGCCGCGGGUUCGGGCAUACAGUGUUGAGGAAGGCGUUGCUGAAGACGAUUGAGAGGAUCAAUGCGUUCAUUGCGGAUGUGGUGCGGGAAGAGCGGGAGAAUGGGAAUCGUGCGCGUUUGGCAGAGGCAGCCGAGGAUUCGAGGAGCCUGCUGAAUUUCGCCGUCACGGAUGGGGAGAGCGUCGUAUGUACGCGGUACGUCAGCUCCAAGACGGACGAGGCGGCGAGCCUCUUCUUCUCGAGCGGCACGAGUUGGCGCCAGUCCAAACCCACUGAUGGCAAAGGUGGUGGUGCUGCGGAAGCCGAGCCGGGACAGAGGGAUUAUGUCAUGGAGAGGCGAGACAAGGGCAGCGACAUUGUGCUCGUGGCCAGCGAGCCGUUGACCUUUGAAAGAAAUAACUGGGUCACCGUCCCCACAAACAGCACCCUAACCAUCCACAACCAAACCGUCAUGAUCCGUCCCAUCGUGGACGAGUUCUACAGCCCGGACCCGGCGCACGAGCGCUCGUCCGGUUUCGCCCAGGCAAAGGGCCAGACGGUGACGUCGGGCAGGGCCCUGGAGACGGGGAAGGUGGAAGAGGCGAUUCUGGGGCGUGAGGCCGGCGAGCGGUUUGAUAGGAAGGGGUUGGGUAUCAAGGACGGGGAAGAAGAGGUCAGAGCGGCGGUGAGGAGGUUGUUAGUUGCUUAGGAGGGCGUGUGGAUGACGGGAGGGCGAGGGGAUGGAAGGAGUUUAUCUAUGAUAUACCCAGGUUGGGGAUGACGGGGCGUGUAUGGUGUAAGGCGUACGGGUGAAUUUUCAUUCCCUUGUUGUUGGAUAUUCAGGUCAGAUGUACUCGCUUCACGGGCAUAGGUCACUAUACACUGCAGAUAUCGAUAUGGACCGCAAGCCUCUCUUCAGCGUUUGCAUUUAC